GGUGCCAGUGACGGCGUUCGGCGGGCGGGGGGUGGCGCGCGCGGGGAGGAAGGAGACAAACAGGCCGGAUCGGCGCGGCUGCCCGCGCUGGCGGCGGAGGCCUGAGGCGGGGGUGUCCGCCAAACCCCGGCCCCGUUCCGCGCACCCUUCUGCUGCGCAGCGCGGCUGCGGCGGGCCCCUCGCGCUCGCGGGCCGCCGAGAAGAUGGCGGCGGCGGUGUCCGAGUGAGGAUGGAGCUACCUGUCAGCACCUCUUCGCCCUGAGGGGAGGCAGUGCCGCCCCGACUGCGGUGCCAGGGGUGGCAGGGAGCCCCCGUGAUAGCCCGCGCUGAGGGGCGAGGCUGGGCCCGCCGCUCCCUCUCGCCUCUCUCUCUCCGCCCACCGGAGGGGCCAGCUCCGGCCCCGUCUCGCCGUCCGGCCUCGACCCUGUCCCGCCGCCUGACCCUGCGGCCCCCGGUGCGCAGCCGCCAUGCCGUGGCCUUUCUCGGAGUCCAUCAAGAAGAGGGCCUGCAGGUACCUGCUGCAGAGGUACUUGGGCCACUUCUUGCAGGAGAAGCUCAGCCUGGAGCAGCUCAGCUUGGAUCUCUACCAGGGCACCGGCUCCUUGACGCAGGUCCCUCUGGAUAAGUGGUGUCUUAAUGAGAUCCUGGAGUCUGCAGAUGCACCUCUGGAAGUCACAGAUGGAUUCAUCCAAUCAAUUUCUUUAUCUGUUCCAUGGGGGUCAUUGCUGCAGGAUAACUGUGCAUUAGAAGUAAAAGGAUUAGAGAUGGUCUUCAGGCCAAGACCAAGGCUUGCAUCUGGAUCUGAGCCUAUGUAUUGGUCAAGUUUUAUGACCAGUAGUAUGCAGCUUGCAAAAGAGUGUCUUAGCCAAAAGUUGACAGACGAACAAGGAGAAGGGUCCCAACCUUUUGAGGGACUUGAGAAAUUUGCAGAAACUAUUGAAACAGUUCUAAGAAGAGUGAAAGUUACCUUUUUAGAUACUGUUUUGCGAAUAGAACAUGUGCCAGAAAACUCUAAAAGUGGAACUGCACUUGAAAUCAGAAUUGAAAGAACUAUGUACUGUGAUGAAACUGCAGAUGAGUGCUCUGGAAUUAAUGUACAUCAGCCCACAGCUUUUGCUCACAAGUUGCUACAGCUCUCAGGUGUCUCUCUCUUCUGGGAUGAGUUUCCUGCAUCAACAAAGUCCUCCCCAGUGUGUUCAGCUACACAGCUGGCGACUGAACCAAAGCUUUCACCUAGCUGGAAUCCAAAAAUCAUUUAUGAGCCACAUCCACAAUUAACAAGAAACAUGCCAGAAAUUACUCCCUCCGACCCUGUACAGAUCAGUAAGCUGAUUGGUAGAAUGGAGUUGAGCCUAACAUUAAAGCAGAAUGAAGUACUUCCUGGAGCUAAGUUGGAUGUAGAUGGACAAAUAGACUCUGUACAUCUAUUUCUGUCACCAAGGCAGGUGCAUCUUCUACUGGACAUGGUAGCAGCUAUUGCUGGACCAGAGAGCCUAAGCAGAAUAGAAUUGUCAAAUAAAGAUAGGAAGAACCGGCCAAUGCAGCAGGAAGAUGAGUAUCGGAUUCAGAUGGAGUUGAAGCGUUAUUUAAGAAAAGAGUCUUUAUCUGCAGGAGCGUCAUCUGAACAAAGCUUCUAUGAGACAGAGAGUGCCAGAACGCCUUCUAGUCGUGAAGAAGAAGUUUUCUUCUCAAUGGCUGAAAUGGACAUGUCUCACAGCCUUUCCUCCCUUCCACCUCUUGGAGACCCUCCAACUAUGGAUCUAGACUUGUCUUUAACCAGUACAUAUACAAAUACACCAGCAGGAUCUCCACUGAGCACUACAGUGCUUCAACCAACUUGGGGUGAUUUUCUUGAUCGUAACAAACAAGAACUACAACCUCCCAGGGGUUCUUCGCUUACAGCCAACAUGGUUCACCAGACUUCCUUAAGAAGGACAUCUAUUCCAUCCAGAUCUGUUUCUGUGGAUGAAUCCAGACCUGAGCUUCUUUUUAGACUGGCAGUUGGAACUUUCUCAGUGUCUGUACUUCAUAUUGACCCUUUACCCCCACCUGAAAGUUCACUGAACCUUAACCCAUUGACACCAAUGGCUCGGGAUUUCUUUACCCGAAUAGAAAAGAUUGAGCCAGUUAAGUUUUCAACAGAAGAUUUUCUGUCGUUCCGAGAAGUAUUUGCAGAAGCUUGUUCUCAUGAUCACCUUAGAUUUAUAGGUACUAGCAUCAAAGUGUCCUAUGAACAAAGACAAAGAACUGCCUCUCGAAGUUUUAGUACUGAUUUAUCCAUUGGGGACAUGGAGCUCCUGGAAUGCCUUUUCUCUACUGACUCUCAUUCCAUUCAGCCUCACUAUACAGAGCUGCUGACAUUUCAUUCUGAAGAAAGAAAUGAUUCACAUGCUAUGCCAUGCCUUCAGCUUCAUUAUAAGCAUUCGGAUAAUAGAGGACCUCAGGGUAGUCAAGGGAGACUCAGUUCUGUCCCACAGAAAGCAGAGUUACAAAUAAAGUUAAGUCCAGUGUUUUGUGAGCUGGAUAUUAGUAUUGUAGACAGAUUAAAUUCCUUACUUCAACCACAGAAACUAACUACAGUGGAAAUGAUGGCAUCUCACAUGUACGCUUCUUGCAACAAGCAUAUAAGUCUGCAUAAAGCAUUUACUGAAGUUUUUCUGGAUGAGUCACACACUCCUGCCAACUGUAGAGUGUCAGUUCAGGUCACUGCCCCAGCAUUAAAUCUUUCUGUUCGCUUCCCAAUCCCUGAUCUACGGUCAGAUCAGGAAAGAGGACCAUGGUUUAAGAAGUCGCUUCAGAAGGAGAUUCUUCAUCUUGAGUUUACAGAUAUGGAAUUUAAAACUGAGUUCAUAGGAGGGUCAACUCCAGAACAAAUGAAAUUAGAACUUACCUUUAAAGAGCUAACUGGGUCAUUUGAAGAAGAUAAUGCAGAAGCACCAAUAAAAUUCUUUCAAGUGUCUGGUGGCACAGAUGGAGAUAUAACAUCAUCAUCAGACAAUUUUGACUGGCCUCGGAUUGUAUUGAAAAUAAACCCUCUGGCUGUGCACUCUAUUCUGGAGAGGAUAGCAGCUGAGGAGGAAGAAGGUGAUAAUAACUUCCAAGAGGAAGAAGAAGGAGGGUCUCAUUCUUUGAAGGAUGUGUGUGAUAUUAGAAGACCAGAACCUUCUCCUUUUUCUUCUCGUAGGGUCAUGUUUGAAAAUGAAGAGAUGGUGAUGCCAGGAGAUGUAGCUGAAAUGACUGAGUUUCAGGAUAAAACAAUUAGCAAUUCUCAUUAUGUACUGGAACUCAUGUUACCAAACAUUCACUUAACAUUACCAAACAAAAGCUUUUAUGAAAAACUUUACAAUAGGAUCAGCAAUGAUUUGUUGUUGUGGGAACCCACAGCUCCAUCUCCCGUAGAAACAUUUGAAAACCUUUCUUACGGUGUCGGACUAUCUGUGGCCAGCCAGCUCAUCAACACUUUCAGUAAAGACAGCUUUAGUCAAUUUAAAUCUGCAGUUCAUUAUGAUGAUGAGAGUGGAUCUGAGGAAGAAACACUACAGUAUUAUUCCACUGUUGAUCCAAACUAUCGGUCACGCAGAAGGAAAAAGCUUGACUCUCAGAAUAAGAACUCACAAAGCUUUCUGUCUGUUCUGCUAAACGUGACACAUGGAUUAGUGUCGAUAUUCACAGAUGUAAAGCAGGAUGAUGAAAAUACAUUGGAAGGAAAAUACGGUGAAUUCUGGUUUGAGUUCAACAGUGGUUCUCUUUUCAGUGUGACUAAAUAUGAAGGCUUUGAGGACAGACACUAUGUUUGUCUCCAUUCUAGCAGCCUCAAUUUAUAUCAUCAAGGUAUGGUAGAUGGGGUCAUCCCUUCCUCUGAAGUACGACUGCCCAGUACGAUACGUCCCCAUUGGUUAGAACCUACUAUUUGUUUUUCUGAAGAAGAUGGUCUUAGCAGGACUACUUCAGAUGGUGUAGGAGUAGAUUGUCCCAAUAUGCUUACUGUUGCAGUCAAAAUCCAAUCAGAUAAAAUAGAGAGCAAUACAAAGGAAUUUCUAGUUGCUGUUGGACUAAGAGGAGCCACCCUUCAGCACAGAGUGCUGCCUUCAGGUUUAAGCUGGCAUGAACAGAUUUUAUAUUUUUUGAAUAUUUCUGAUGAGCCUGUUCUGGGAUAUAAUCCUCCAGCUACAAUUACAACUUUUCAUGUGCAUCUGUGGAGUUGUGCUCUUGAUUACAGGCCCUUGUUUUUGCCAGUCAGAUCUCUACUUACUGUUGAAACUUUCAGCAUUUCCAGCAGUGUUGCAGUAGAUAAAUCAUCCUCUACCCUCAGGAUAAUUUUAGAUGAAGCUGCUUUACAUCUGUCUGACAAGUGUAACACGGUUAUGGUGAAUCUCCAUAGAGAUUAUGUUCGUGUUAUGGAUAUGGGACUGCUAGAGCUAACCAUUACAGCAGUAAAAUCUGAUUCUGAUGGGGAAAGAGCUAAACCUCGAUUUGAGCUGCACUGUUCCAGUGAUGUAAUCCAUAUUCGUACCUGCUCCGACUCAUGUGCUGCACUCAUGAAUCUCAUACAAUAUAUUGCAAGUUAUGGUGAUUUACAUCCACCCACUAAAACAGAGAUUAAACGUGGAGUUAACAAGCCAAAAAUGAAGGUGGAGACCUUUAGCCAACCAUCUUCCCAGGGAGCUGUCCUUGCUGAAUCAGAGCAACAGAUUUUACGGGAUUUGAUGAGUGAUGCAAUGGAGGAAAUUGAGACUCAGCAGACUGCUUCUGCAAUGAAGCCAGAGUCCAAUGGAAUUCUGGAUGACAGAUGUCAAACUCAGGAGCCAUCUUGCUCAGAUCUCUUCCUGUUUCCAGAUGAAAGUGGAAAUGUCUCACAAGAUCCGAGUCCCACUUAUGCUUCAUUCACUCAUCACCUGAUAAAUGAGGCAAUGGGAGAUGUUCCCGCAGAAAGUGACGAUUUCUGCAUUCUUUUUGCACCCAAAGUUGCUGUUGCUGAAAAAGAGGAAGAGCCAGUAAUAAAAAUAAUGGUUGAUGAUGCAAUUAUCAUAAAGGAAAAUCAUUUCAGCCAACCUAUGAAAAAAACAGAUACAAGCAAAGCUCCUCUUAAUUUUCCUGUUCCUCUGGUACGCUAUGUUGUAAAGGAAAUUUCUCUUAUUUGGCAUCUUUAUGGUGGAAGGGAUUUUGGGACUGCACCACCAACAUCUCCAGCUAAAAGUUUCAUAAGUCCCCAUAGUUCUCCUUCUCAUACACCAACAAGGCAUGGACGGAGUACAGUAUGUGGGGGAAGAGGAAGAAACCCAGACUUCCUGAUGGAAAUACAGUUAAGCAAGGUGAAAUUCCAGCAUGAGGUAUACCCUCCAGGUGGUUCAGAAGGUGAAUCCAGUCUGUUGGAGCAGCCAGUGUCACGGCAGGUUUUCGUUGUUCAAGACCUGGAGAUUAGAGAUCGCUUAGCUACAUCACAGAUGAAUAAAUUCCUCUAUCUCUACUGCAGCAAGGAGAUGCCCAGAAAAGCUCAUUCAAACAUGUUAACAGUGAAAGCAUUGCAUGUCCGUCCAGAGUCUGGCAGAUCUCCACAGGAAUGUUGUUUACGUGUUUCACUGAUGCCUCUUCGCCUCAAUAUUGACCAGGAUGCCUUGUUUUUCCUGAAGGAUUUUUUCACUAGCCUCUCUACAGAAGUAGAACUCUUAGUUACUCCAGAUCCUGAAGUUAAAAAGUCUCCUGGUGCUGAAGUUACGUGUAGUUUGCCCAGGCAUGUCAGCAGCCUUAAGGACCCAAGUCCAGUAAUUUCUUUCUCAUCACAAAAGCAAACAAGUGAAAAUGGUAGUAUUGAUUCUAUGGAUGUGGUUAAUGGAGAUGAUCAUCAUUUCUCAGAAGAAGUGACAUCAUACAGUGAUCAGCCAGUAUUUUUCAGUGACUGUUUGUGGAAGUCAAAUAUAUUUAUUUGUAUCACUGCAAGAGAAUUUCGUUUUACAUCAGAAGUUCCAAUACGGCUUGAUUACCACGGCAAACAUGUUUCAAUGGAUCAGGGAACACUAGCUGGGAUUCUUAUUGGACUUGCUCAGUUGAACUGCUCAGAAUUAAAGCUGAAGAGACUUUGUUACAGACAUGGUUUGUUAGGUGUGGAUAAAUUGUUCUCCUAUGCCAUCAGUGAAUGGCUUAAUGAUAUAAAGAAAAACCAGCUACCAGGAAUUUUGGGAGGAGUAGGGCCUAUGCAUUCACUGGUGCAAUUAGUCCAAGGUCUGAAAGACUUGGUGUGGUUGCCAAUAGAGCAGUACCGAAAGGAUGGCCGCAUUGUAAGAGGCUUUCAAAGAGGAGCAGCUUCUUUUGGUACUUCCACUGCAAUGGCAGCACUGGAGCUAACAAACAGGAUGGUUCAGACUAUACAGGCAGCUGCAGAAACAGCAUAUGACAUGGUAUCACCAGGGCCUACUUUUAUUGAAGCAAAAAAGAUCAAGCGAUUUCCUCGUCAUCGUUUAGCUCAUCAGCCAGUAGACCUACGAGAAGGUGUAGCCAAAGCUUACAGUGUAGUAAAAGAGGGAAUUACGGACACAGCCCAAACCAUCUAUGAGACUGCUGCUCGUGAGCACGAAAACAGGGGAGUAACUGGGGCAGUAGGAGGAGUCCUCCGCCAAAUUCCACCAACUGUGGUGAAGCCUUUCAUUGUUGCAACAGAGGCAACCUCAAAUGUUCUAGGUGGAAUGAGAAACCAGAUCAGGCCCGAUGUGCGUCAAGAAGAGUCUCAAAAGUGGCGCCUUGGGGAAGACUGAGAUUAUAAAUCUGGCUCAGCAGGCAGGUAACAAGGUUGGAAAUACAGCUUUAGAUGGAGCUCACUUUGUUUUGUCACGCUCAUCUCAGGAACAAAUGAGGUUUUCAACUAUUAUUAGCAAAACAUCCAACCAAAAAUAUUUGAAGUGAAAAGCAGAUUGGUACUUGCUUAUACUGUGUGUUACCAAUACAUUUGGUAGAUAGUGCCAAACACAGCAAAGCAUGCACUGCCAACUCACAGACAUGCUUGCUCUGUUCCAUUUACCAUAUUUUUUUCUUGGUAGACUUAACAUCUGAAGCAGUAGCUUCUUUGGUGAGACUAAGUAUACUUUAAAGAUGUUUUCUGAGCAUAGUCAAAGGACUGUCCUCAAUAAAGAACUCCGCACAUGCUCUCUACUAACUAAAGGAUAAAAGCUUUCUUUUUGGAUAUGAGACAUGAAAGCUCUUUAAUAUGGAAGAAGAUAAAGUAAUGUGUAGUGGUCAUAAACAUGGCUUUCAGCAUGGCACUUACAGCAAGGGUAAGCUUGAUAACUAUUGAGAAUUCAGAUUCAGUAUUGAUACACCUAUAAAAAGGAUUUGUUCCUAAAUAUUAAAUACCUACUUUUGUGGGUCUUUGAAGAAGCUGAAUGUUGCAGAAAUGUUCUGUUGUGUUGCACUUUAAAGGAUAUGGCCUGUAUAUUGUGCUUUUUUUUAUAGUGUGAAUAAAAUGUGUGCAUUAUCAUUUAUGUAGUUUAGAAGCUUACACAAAUUACUGAAAAGAGCAUCAUUUGAUGAUGAUCCUACAGACAAGUGUCUUAAAUUCACUUAAACUACUCAUUAUAUAUAAAAAAACUUUUGUCUUGUUAUACUAAUUACAAUGCUAAAAAUAGCUAUUGUUCAGGAAAACAACAAUUAAAUAUUAUUGUGGUGAACAGUUCUUUAUAAUAAUGAGAAAGUCUAAGUAAAGUAAAAAAAAUUAUUUCAUAAUAGUUAAAAUCCUAUACAGACUUUAUUUUAAUAAUCUUUUUGGGUUUGAAGUUCAUAUUGUUGCAAAGUUGCUGUUUUCACAAGAUGUUUUUAAUUUAAAUUGUGUGUUGUCAGUUAUUUGACAAUGAGUAUUUGGGGUCAUUGAAUUGGAGAUGGGUGAGAAGAUGUUACAAAAGAAAAAAAAAAGGCAACAAAACUUCAAAAAUCAAAGUUGAUACUGACCAGGUGACCAGGAUCUCCACAGGGCUUUAGUAAAAUGCCACUGACAUUAUGCCAUUUCUGGGUGGUUAAACUAGCUGUGCAGGAAUAAACUUUUUCCUUGUAUUAGCAAAACCUGGAGGAUAAAAAAUAAAGACUAUUGUGAAUAGAAAAAUACUCAUUUUGAUUUUAAACAGCUUAAUACUUUGACUAGCCAGACUGUAAGUUUGUAAAUUUGUGGGCUUGUCAUAAGUGGAGAAGCUGCAAAUAUGCUAUGUGAAAAAUCUUUACCGAAAGAGGAACAUCAGGUACUUUUGAUCAGACUUCAGUCUUUAAGGGUGAUGAGGAAGUAUUUUCCCUCUUUUAUUUAAUACCUGCCACUAGCAAAAACUUAGCUGUUGGGCCUUACAGGACAAGCAGAAGUGCAUGAAGGAAAAUAGCUACUGCUUGUUCAUCCUGAUAUUAUACUAGCUAGUCCUGAACACCAAAGAAUCUGGCCUAGAGGGUAAAUUAUUUGAAAAUGUCCCCUCUACUGUGAAGACUUCUGUAGUCUACUUAAUUAUUUUUCAUUUAAAAAGACUCCAAUUACAAACAAAUUCUUACUUUGGGUGACAGGUGAUACUACAAGGUUUUGUUUUAAUUCACUGGAAUCAUCUAAGUUGUGGCAUGCUUUGAAAACCUGGUUAUUCCAGGUAUAUGACUUGCUGUAAGCAGAAAGAGGUGCUUUUGAGAGGACUAAUACUUGCAGAUUUCAUGAUAUGACAUUUUUUCUGAUGUGAAAAUACUUGCUGCAGUUGAUACUUCAGUCCAGUAAUUAGAGAGCUCAAAGCCUGAACAUUUUGCACGGGAAUGAGUUCUAUGUUUGCAAUUUGGCACCUCCUGAGUGCCUUCUCAUGAAGUGGAGAUGAGUCAAGUAAGUAGCAAUGCAGCAUUUUAGUUUGCAAUUACCUUACUAUGUAAUUUUGGCUGGUCCAGUUUGUCCAGUUAAUUGGAGUAUACUGUAAUAGUAUAAAUCUACAUAUUUUCUUCAUUUUUGACAUAGCUGAAAAGGAGCAGUAGCGUUUCAGUUUUCAUUUCAUUUUCAAUUGUCAUGAUCUGAUUGUACUGCAAUGCAAUUAGAAUAUAUUUUUAUAUGAGGGCAUGCUGUCAAGGUAAAACAUUUUUAUAGAGUGUCUCUCAUUGUCAGCAAUACAGAUUGUACAAAUUUAUUAAACUUCACUUUUCACUAUGUAUUACCCUUCCAUUUAGUGCUUGCACUUUAUUGAGACUUUUCAGUGAAAUUGAUUUAAAUUUUUUUCCCAAUGUUUUAUUUUUACAAGCGGGUUCUUAAUAUUUGGAUGUAUAUUCUGCAUUGGUUUUCAGUUAUAACUUCAUCUUGCAGUGUGUGAAAAGUUUUAAAAAAAACAACCCACAAAACUCACUUUACAUACUAGAUUCCUCAAAUGCUCUGCUCAACACUGUAUCAGUUUUCAAGCACUUAAAAAAUAAAAUAAGAUUUGACUCUGGACACGUUUCCUGGAAAUGGAAGCCUAUGGAUACAUUUCUUUAUUCCCUGUUAGCCAGAGGAGAUCUGCAAAAAUACUGUACUUGAAUUUUCCACUGAAAUCAGUUGCUGUAGAUACUAGCACUUUUCAUAUUUGUAGUGGGUGUAAACUGGCACGGUCCAUGUUUAAUGUUCAAAUUCUCCAAUACCGAACUGACUAACACUACUGCCGCUGCUGCUACUAGUUGAAUACUGUCCUGAUAGACAGAACUGUCAUCUUGGGUUUUCUGAAGUACUGAAGUACCUGGCACUUCAAAUAUAUUUGAUGAGUGCCUAGGAAGUACAUGAAAAAAACAGCAACAAACCAGCCAUUUUUAAACAAAAAUAAACCAUUCUUCAUAAGAACCUUAACAGUGACUGAGAGCAACAAAUGACAUUCAUGCAAAGGCAGCUUCCAUUUUCUUUCCAAUCCCUGUUGACAGUUCCUAAAUACCACAGCUUUUUAGUAAUGAAGUGUACCCUCUGUACUUGCCUAAUAAUGACUACUAGGUCAGGUUUUUGUUUUCUCAUUAAGUGUUUGAUUGUGAACAUCCCUCACUUUCUUUCAUUUACAAUUGCUUAGUUGGGUUGCCAAGAAAGGUUUCUUAGUAAACCAAAAAGUUGUUAAAAUGAUUACGAACAAGACACUCUUACUGAACGUGAUCCCUAUACCUGCAAAUGUGAUACUGAUUUAAAUAUUGAAAUGUAUGUAUUUUGUAAAACAUUGAAAUCCAAUAAUUUGUUGAAUCUUUUAAACAUCCUAAAUCUCAUAGCACUAUAAGCAUUGUCAGAAAAGGUGUGGAUAUUUAUGUCAGUUUGGAUCCAUUGUGUGCAUAGUUCAGUCUCAGACUCCAGGCCUCAUGAUUUAAGCUUCUGACAACUGUUCUAAGUUGCUCUACAUGCUGAAUCUUGUUUACAAUUAAAAAUUAGAUACUACAAAUUACGUAUAGAAAUCAUGCAUUUGUACUGGAUUUCUUAAUAGUGAGGUAGCUCAGACAGAAACACAGCAAUUUGUGUAUAUGUUUGUGUAUGUUUUUUACAUUUUUGCAUUUAUAGUAGUUCUGUGGUAUUGUUUGUAUACGGUUUGCUAGUGUAAAGAAUAUAAACUCUUGAAAAAUCUCCUGCAAACCACUGUUGAAGGGAAUUGACUAUUUCAACUUGAGUUAUUUUGCUUAAAGUUCUUGUCCCCUCAGUAUGUCUUUGAGAAUUAUUUUUGACCAUAGUUUAUAUGGCACCAAAAAUGAAUAUUUUAGCUUAUUAAAAUGCUGAAAGGCCUGAGUGCAAAUAAGUUGUCCUGUUAAAUAUGUUUAAUGGAAAAAAACCACGAAUUUGUAACAAUGCAUAAAUAAAUAUCUUAAUUUGUUCCUCGA